ACUUGUCCAUCAUCCAAUCACCACAGAGAGAUUUCCCUCACGGCCUCGCCCCAUUCGUGACGCUUGCCUGUGAUUGGUCGCCGCGUUCUAAGUUGCCCGAGUGGUGCGAGUCCCGGGAUGUAGGACGCGGGGGCUUCGGGGAAGUUGUGUGAGGAGAUCCCGGGGAGGCGCUGCGGCCUGCGGAGCGGUGGAUGGCGGAAGCAUGGAGAGUGGCGGCAGAGGAGGACUGGGCGGCGAGACCGGGCUGUUGCAGCAGAUCCUGAGCCUACGGCUGGUGCCGCGGGUGGGAAAUGCCACUGUGUGUCCGAGCACCACCACCCUGUGCUCCUUCCCGGAGAUGUGGUAUGGUGUGUUCCUAUGGGCACUGGUCUCCUCCCUUUUCUUUCACAUACCCGCUGGAUUGUUGGCUCUAUUUACCCUCCGUCACCACAAGUAUGGAAGGUUUAUGUCGGUGGGCAUCUUGCUGAUGGGCAUCGUGGGACCAAUAUCUGCAGGGAUAUUAACAAGUGCCGCCAUCGCUGGGGUAUACAAAGCCGCUGCCAAGGAAAUGUUUCCCAUCGAGGCGCUGGUGCUCGGCGUAGGGCAGACUUUCUGCGUGCUUCUCGUUUCCUUUUUACGGAUUUUAGCAACUUUGUAACGAGCCGCACUUUCACCCCGCCUAAGACCAAAAACUUGGUUUUUUUUUUGUGUUUUUUUUUUUGGUUCAAGCGUGGUAUUUAACCAUGAAUAGUCUACAUCGGCAGCUUGUUCCUUAUCAGCCGUGGCUAUAUUACUCUGGAAUAUCAGAUUGUAAGAGUACCGACACACAUCCGGAGAUCCGGUCAAAGAAAUGUUGCUGGAAUGUCCCGAGGCUUUCAGAUACCAAUGAAAUCUGCAGUUCAGUAAGGCGUGGGCUUAAAACGUCUGCAUUCAGAACUUAAAGCCGCUGCAUAGGAGCUGCAACCACCACCAACACCCUUUCUGGAUAAAGAACACAGAUUUUUCUCUAAGCUUUUCUAAAAAAAAAAAAAAAAACCACACAAACCAAUUGACCUUUGAACCUCCCAAACUUGCACUCCUCCUCUUCGUGCCUCCCAACUAGUGGGUUUAUUUGUUCUUUUGUCGUUCUAGACCACUAAGAGUUCCUAAUACAACAAUUCUGUUUUGAUGAUAUGUCCACUUUUAAAUCUGUUUUUAAUGUUU